AUGACCCUGUCGACCCCGUUGUACGACGAAAACGAAGACUAUAUCGAUGAGAACCACAUCAACACGUUUGCGAAAGCUUUACUCUGGGAAGAUGACGAUCACGAUGGUUUAGCGUCACCUCCACUUCCGGCCUAUGAGGGUGAUAAGCUUGCCGAGGUCAAUGCCGAGGAAUUGAGUCUGGUUUUGACACCAGAGCCAAAUAACGAGCUGGAGAAGAGCCGUCCCGAGUUUGUGGUGUCUCACAACGACUGGUACCCUAUUAAUGCACCUGAAAAAUCAAAAGCAAAGGCAGACGCAAAGGGACGCAAGAAGCGGGCUUCCACGCGUGAUGAAUUCCGGUCGUCUGCAGCUUAUACGUUGUUACGAUGGCCGUUUCUAAUAAUAAUCACAGUGUGGAUUCUUCUACUUUGUAUACUCUAUACUGUUGUUCGUGCCUAUGUUGCAUUGCUGGAGUAUAUGUUGACAUGGGUGGGUGAGCGCAAAGUGUUGAGAAACAAAUUGCGGGCAUCGAAAACUUAUGAGGAAUGGAUCGAAAAUGCCCUUGAACUUGACCGAUAUUUGCACCUCGACAAGUGGUCUUCGAUCCCCCGGUUUUCGUACUAUGAUUACCGCACCGUUAAGAGAACCACGUCCAAAUUACGCAUGCUUCGUAUGAGGGGAAUGGACGAAGAAUUAAUGGUCUUUCUUCAAGGCUGUCUCAAGAAGAAUUUCGCCGGAAUUGAAAAUCGCCAACUUUAUGCCCACCGCUACUACGGCACCAAAAAUGUUGUCCAUGUCUAUAUCGACGAGGUGGUAGCUUCCAUCGACCAUGUCACCGAAUCUGAGAAUAUUACCCCAGAAGAUAAACGCAGAUUCUUCCGCAGCGUACUGCGGAAUUAUGGAAGAACCGCACUAUGUCUCAGUGGAGGUGCUUGCUUUGCUUAUACCCACUUUGGCAUUGUCAAGGCGCUUCUAGACAACGAUCUUCUUCCCAGCAUCAUCACUGGAACUUCUGGAGGUGGGUUGGUCGCAGCAUUGGCUUGUACUCGUACCGACGACGAACUCAAACAAUUAUUGGUUCCUCGUCUAGCUCGCAAAAUUACUGCCUGUGAAGAUCCCUGGUACGUGUGGAUCCCCCGGUGGUGGCGCACUGGAGCCAGGUUUGAUUCCACGGCGUGGGCUCGUAAAAGCAACUAUUUUACCCUUGGUUCGUUGACUUUCCAGGAAGCGUAUCAUCGAACAGGAAGACGUCUUAACAUUUCCACAGUCCCUGCCGACCCCCACUCCCCAGUAAUCUUGUGCAACAACAUCACCGCUCCAAACUGUAUUAUUUGGCUGUGUUUGUUGGCGUCGUCGGCGGUUCCUGGCAUUUUGAACCCGGUGGUUCUCAUGAUGAAAGACUCCAAAAAGAACACAAUUGUUCCAUUUUCGUUGGGUUCGAAGUGGAAAGACGGCUCGCUUCGAACAGAUAUCCCAAUCGAUGCUCUCAAAACUUACUAUAAUGUUAAUUUUACCGUGGUUUCCCAGGUAAAUCCACACAUUCUGCUCUUUUUCUUUGCUCCAAAAGGGUCGGUUGGCAGACCAGUAGCACUGUCUCGAAGAAAAACCCGCAGAGAAAAAUACGCCUCCCUUCGAGGCGGCUUCAUCGCUACGGCACUAGAGCACCUUUUCAAGUUGGAAAUCAAAAAAUGGUUGGAAAUGAUCAAAACGCUCGACUUGCUUCCAAGACUUCUGGAACUGGACUGGCUGAGCAUUUGGCUCCAGCGGUUCACGGGGCUGAUCACCAUCUGGCCCAGAAACAACUUCAGGGACUUCUGGUACAUUUUGAGCGAUCCAAGUGAGGAAGGGCUUGGUGAAAUGAUUCGGAAAGGUGAGCGGUAUAUGUUUCCCAAAAUUCUCUUUCUCAAACACCGGUUAUCGAUUGAAAACGCCAUAGAACGAGGCAGAACUAAGUCCAAGCUCUCCACCGCCCACCUCGAGCACUCUCCUCGGUUUUCAGGCACUCCGGAAUUUGCAGGUCCAGAAUUUCAGUUGCAGACCGUACACUACGACGACGAUUACGACUCCGAAUCCAGCGCAGAGGAAACCUUGCUGCCGGGAUUCAGCCAGGGGACCCAUGCUGUGCUCACAGACGAAUCUGACGACGAUUCGAGUGACGACGAGAUCGACGACUAG